AUGCUUCAACAACGCAUCUUUCAACAACAGCAAGGGUUCCCCCUUCCCUUGUCAAUUUCAUUUGACCAGCAUCAACAGUCCCAAAAGAUGGAUGGACCCCCACCUCUGAAGCGAAGCCGCCUUAUGACGAUGAGCCACUCUGGAUCAUCGCCCCUCACUCCUUUGUCGGCCGAUUCGCCCAUAUUUGGUAUGAACAACACGGCUUUCAGCCAGCCUCUCUAUAUGGAUCCUCAGCACUACCACCACCACCAGCAGCAACAGCACCAACAGGCCAUCGCCUCAGCAGCAGCAACGACGGUGCAGAGCAUGACACCGGAUCAGUUUGCCGGAAAUGACUUUGAAUGGAUGACCGCCGCCGCCGUUGCCUCCGAGUUGAGCUCAAAUGGAGGACUGGUCACUCCUGGAUCUACCCCUCAAUCUCGGUCGGUCACCGCAUCUGGUGCCUCGUCGCUUCCUUCUCCCUCCAUGUCCUCAGCAACCACCUCCACCAUGUCUUCCUCUGCGUCCUCCACAGCCACGGCGACCACCUCUAUGCCUGUUUCUGUCGUUGUACCGUCCAACAUCACCUCUUCCCCCGUGAUGCACUUGACCUCCUCUUCCUCGUCGAUCUCGGUCUCGACUUCAGAUAAGCAUCCUCUCGAGUCGUCGUCAACGACCGCAUCUCCAGAGAUGUCCGAAGCGACCAUCGCAUCAGAAGACCCAACUUCUCUUCGCAGCCAGCGGACAACACGGGGGUCUGCCCAGCUCCCUACACCUAUCCAUCCUUUGUCGACCGAGCUUCAUCAUCCCCAUGCCGUGGUUCCUUCUCAGAACUUCCACACGUUCUCUCAACAUCACCACGCCUUGGGAACACCUACAUCUGCAGCCGCCCCUACUCCUCCUCUCCCUCUCCCCUCUUCUCAUCAUCAUCAGUUCCAGCAGCAGCAGCAGCAGCAGCAAGAGGAUUUUAAUGGUCUCGGUCUUGGUCUUGGUUUGAACCUCGCUUUUUACGAUUUCAUGCCCAUGUCCCAACAGCAGCCAUCCACAUCGUCGACUUCUGCCCCCUUGACCCCUAACCCGUCAACUACUGCGACCAGCAACAACACGAUUCCAUCGCCCAUCCCAAAGGCGGUCAUGGCCCACCUUCGGUCCUCGAGCAACAACAGCAGCCCAGUCACGAGUCACCUCCCUCACCCUCAUCCCCUUGGCCCACCCGUGCUUCGUAGCAAUGGCGAUUCUCCCUCGUCUGCGUCUUCUCCCUCCAUGAUGGACUUGACAGGUAUGGCCUCUGGCCUUGAGGCCGUCGUUGCCAGUAACUCCAUCUUUGGUCGUCAGUCGUCGCUGCCUCAUAUCCACAACAGCCGCAUCAUCAAGUCCAUGUCGUCUUCUACUGCCUCGUCUUCUGCGUCUUCAUCAGGUAUUAUGACCCACAGCAGCAAAUUUGCAAGCCGCGGCAGUUUCAGCGCCAGUAGUGUCCAGACCAGCCCUGAACUCGAGGCGGCCUCUCACAAUGUUGGUGAUAUGGACUACGAGGAUGGAACUGGUACAUCCGGUGCUGGUGAGGAUGACGAUCAAAACACCAAUGAGGAGGAUAACGAAGAGAACUCGGAUGAGGACGACGAUGAUGAUCCUGAGAACAACCGUCCUGCCGUUUGCCCUCACUGUCUGAAGGAGUUCCAGUCCAAGGGUCUCCUCCGAUCCCAUAUUGUCUCCCACUCCUCGGACCGCCCCUUUGUCUGCCGCGAUUGCUCUGACAAGUCCUACAAGCGCAACCAUGAUCUUCUCCGCCACCGACGCGAGAAACAUAAUGUUGAAGGUGCGGUCAUCCCUCCACGCGGCAGUGGUCGUCAUUCCCACUCUGGCGCUAGCGGAAGUGCAUCCAAGCGCGCCUCUGCUCUGGCGGGUCUUGGUAUGGGUGGAGACUUGAUGAUGGGCGGUGGACUUGUGGGCUUCGUGGGAAGUAUGAGGAGCCGCAACCAUCGUCGCAGCUGUAGCAGUGCCAUCCUUGGAUCUGGUCUUGGAACUCGGUCUUCUACCACCCCUUACUCGAUGGGUCAUGGUCAUGUUCACCAUCACCAUCCAGGUAUGGGUCUCUCCGAGCAGUACCCUUCCGCUGUCACCGUCAUCAGCCAGCAGCACCAGCACCAGCAGCAGCAACAGAACAAGAUUCCAAGCCCUCACGACCUUAUGUUUGCCAGCUCCAGCUCCAACGCCGCCGCCUCUGGAAUGAUGUACCUCAACACUGACAGUCUCCUCUCCGCCGUCAGUGGUGGAAACAACAACAGGUCACUCCCUGCACGGUCUUCUCCCAUGGACCCCUUUGGUGGUGGAACUGGCCUCGAGUUCCCACACCUCUCCUCCAUGGGCCCUCCACUCCCUCUCCCCUCCCAGAAGCAUCAACUCUACCUCCAGCAGCAGUCGCAGCCAUUGUCGCAGGUGUUUGGACACCACCAGUUCACACACCAGCAGCCUCAGACCCAGACCCAGCAGGUCCGUCAUAACAAUAGUCGUCGGGCAUCUCAACAGCACCAGCUCUCGCAAGUCCCACCACCAUUGCAGCAAUACCAUCAUAGCCAGCAUCAGAAUUCUCUCCAUCCACUCCAGCACCCUCAUCCGCUCUCGCUGCAGUUCCAACAACAACAACAGCAGCAGCAGAAUGCUAUGUUGCACCAAGCCCCAAGACUUGCCAGCCAGCAGCUUCCUUCCCUGGACAUGAACCUGGGUCUUAGCCUUGGACUCGGCCCCCUCGAGAUGAGCUCCUCUACUUCUGGCAAUACCCUUGCCGAACAGCAACGAAGAGCGAGCGCCGUCUCCUUGUCCUCCGCAACAUCCUCUUCCAUCUCCCUGUCCUCUACCACCGCCUCUUCUGUCGCAGAGACACCGCUGCACCGCAAGAGGCGUCUUUCGGAUUCUGAUAUCACGGUGACCAACAGUGGCACUACUCCUACUGUCGUGACCAUGGCCAUGAUGACUUCUUCCUCCACCCCUUCUACACCUUCCAUCGCAAGUGCACCCCAGGUCAACAGCGAUGGUAGUGUCAUUACCACGAGUUCUGCAGAGUAUAUCCGGGACCGGACAGUCUCCUCCCCAGCAUCGGUCUUGAUGUCUCAACAGUCCCCCUUCAUCCCUCUUAUCAACCAGGCCUGGUAG